CUUCUCCUCCUCGGUAAUGUGAAAGUGUCACCUUCUCUCGCUCUGUCACAAAGUCCUGUGCUGUUUGUUUCUUUAUCUGCAGUUUGUAUCUAAGUGUGACAUCUUUCAGGCCAGUGAAGGAAAACCAUUCAUUUCCAGCGCGUGGGCGGGUGUGUCAAUGCGCGUGAGUGGAUGUGGAGAAAUCUAGGAAGUAACUAACUUUUCGACCAGGACGACGCGGAUACGUUAAUCCUCCUUUUCCUAAAGAAACUGUGAUUUAUAGAAGCGAUAACGUCGACGAACUGCUGGUUAAUUACGUUUUAAUCAUUUAAAACGGUGAAUAAGCAUUGUUGGCUCACCUUUGUUUUUUGGAAAGCUCAGGUGAAGAAAGUUGUUUUUUUUGUGCUUGGAGUUCGUAAACGCCAGAGAUCUUCCUCUUGUCUUCGCUUUCAGGAGUAUUUCAGCUUUUGAAGAUGCAUUGAGUGGCGUUUUCUGGAAAGUGGAUGCUGGCAGUGAGUUAUGCUGAAGCCUGCCUGGAUAUCUGUAUUUCAGGAUGAGCGUUACAGAUGGAGCCGGGCCCCCUGAACAUAAUGAAGAGGCCCGUGUUGUGCAGAUCUACCCCAGGCUGCCCCAGGACACAGCCACAUACUGUCCCUUGCAGGUCAGCGAAGGGGACACGGCAAGCUCGGUCAUCCACAAUGCCGUGGUCACUCUGGGCCUGGACACCAGCCAGACGUACAGCCUGCUGGAGGUCAGGAAGAACGUCGGAGAGGAGAGGUUGCUGGAGGCUGGGGACUGUCCUUUGGAGAGAGUCCUGCUGUGGCCACCCGGAGCACAGAGGUGGCACCGUCAGAGCCAUGGGUACUACUUCAUCCUGCAGCACCAGCAAGCCAACAAUGGAGGCAACCAAGUAGAAAGCAGCAGAGAGGACUAUGAUGACCUCUGUAACCUCCAAACUGUGACUGAGGAGAGUAUUCUGGAGGCUUUACGCCAGCGCUUCAACAGGCUCAAAAUCUACACCUACGCCAGCAACAUCCUCAUCGCCAUCAACCCCAAUAAUUUCCUGCCUCUUUACUACAAUCCCAAGUAUGUAAAGAUGUACGAGAACCAGCCACUGGGCAAGCUAAGCCCUCAUAUAUUUGCCAUAGCAGACGUGGCCUUUCGUGCGAUGCUGAGCAGGCAGGUCAACCAGUGUAUUGUGUUAUCUGGCGAGAGUGGCUCAGGGAAGACUGAAAGCAGCAGUUAUCUCAUCCACUGCCUGACUGCGCUCAGCCAGAAGACGUACUCCAGCGGGCUAGAACGGACCGUCCUCGGGGCUGGCCCGGUGCUCGAGGCCUUUGGCAACGCUAAGACUGCAGAGAACUGCAACUCGAGUCGCUUUGGGAAGUUCAUCCAGCUCAACUAUCUGGAGAGUGGCGUCAUCAGAGGGGCAGUUAUUGAGAAGUACCUACUAGAAAGGUGCCGCCUGGUGUGCAGAGCUCAAAGGGAGAGGAACUACCACGUGUUUUAUUACCUGCUGAUGGGCGCGUCCAAAGACGAGCGAGAGGAAUUUCAUCUGUUAAAACCGCAAGAUUAUUUCUACCUCAAACAGGAUGACCUCGAAUUAGAGGAUGAGGAGAAACUUCGGCAGGCGUACAAGAGGCUCCAUCAAGCUAUGGAGAUGGUUGGCUUCCUGGCCUCCACCAAGAAACACAUAUUUUCCAUCCUCUCUGCCAUCCUGCACCUGGGCAAUGUGACGUACUCGCUGUCCGAGGACACUGAAGGCCUGGAGGUCGGACCCGCUGACGUUUUGUCCACACUGUCUCACCUGCUCAAAGUAAAAAAGGAGCUCCUGGUGAAGACUUUGACCAAGAGGAGAGUAGAGACCGCCAACGGCAUCGUAGAUUCACCGUACACACUACAAGAGGCCUCCACAGUGCGGGACUCCAUGGCCAAGUCUUUAUACAGUGCUCUGUUUGACUGGAUCAUCCUUCACAUCAACCACGCAAUGCUCAACAGACGAGACAUGAAGGAGUCGGUCUCUUGUUUGUCCAUCGGUGUCCUGGAUAUGUUUGGAUUCGAGAACCUUCAGACAAACAGCUUUGAGCAGCUGUGCAUCAACUACACUAACGAGAAGCUGCAGUAUUACAUCAAUCGGCACAUCUUCAAGCUUCAGCAAGAAGAUUAUGUGUCCGAGGGCAUCACCUGGCAAAACAUCGACUACACUGACAACAGUGGCUGCAUUCAACUGAUCCGCGAGGAGUCAACAGGACUCUUUGACCUGCUGGAUAACGAGAGCAACCUCCCUGACGCCACAGAUGAAACCCUGUUGGACAAGUUGAAGCAGCAACAUCAGCAGAACCCAUUCUUCGUACCAUCCUCAAAUACAGAGCCCACUUUCGUCAUUCAACACUUUGCUGGGAGGGUUAAAUAUCACAUCAAGGAUUUCCGGCAGAAGAACACGGAGCACAUGCGUCCGGAGGUCAUAUCGCUUCUACGCAGCAGCCAGCGAGCGUUCGUGCAUCACUUGGUCGCAUCCAGUCCAGAAGCUCUCUUCAGAUGGGGAGUCCUCCGAGCCACCAUCCGCAUCCUCACAGUAUUCAAGAACUUGGGACGCCAGCGCGCAGCAUCGCUAUCUGCCAGAAAAAACUCCCGCAAGACCCUCCGAGAGAUGAAACAGCACAACAGUACUAUGAACAGACUGUCCAGCGACAGCCUGACUCUGGAUUUCUCCUUUGAUCGCUCUGAUGAACAUCCUCUGGAUGUAUUUGAAGACAUCUUUGUCGAUUAUGAAAAGAGAAAGAAAAGUCGAGGCAAUCGACACAAGCAGCUCAUCCCAAAGAACCUGAUGGAUUUGCACUCCCUCCGACAUAUUGUUGGUCUCGCAGCGCAUGACCGAACCAGCAAAUUCAUCUUCCAUCCUCAUCGGAAGACAAAGCCCCCGACAGCCAGCGCUCAGUUUCAGGCUUCACUUGGAAAGCUGAUGGAGACGAUUGAAAAAGCAGAACCAUUCUUUAUUUUCUGUGUUCGCUCCAACGCUGAAAAGAAGGAGCUGCACUUUGAUGAUGAACUUGUGCUACGGCAAAUCAAGUACACAGGCAUACUGCAGAUGGUUCACAUCCAGAAGUCUGGCUACAGUGCCAAAUACACAUUCAAGGAAUUUGUCAAGAAGUUCAGAAUGUUGCUUCCAAAAGGAGCUGCUGUAACGCCGGAGCACAUCGCUGAACUGUUUGAGUGGAUGGAGCUGGAUAAGAGCAGCUAUCAGAUAGGAAAGACCAAGGUGUUCCUCAAGGAGAAGGAGAGGCAACUGCUCCAAGACACUCAUAACAAAGCAUUGAUGCGUCACAUCAUCGUCCUGCAGCGCUGGUUUCGUGCCUGUCUGAUGAGGUCGCACUUCCUGCAAAAGAAAGAUGCCACUAUGAUUAUACAGAGGAGCUGGCGUGAGUUCUACGUGAAACAAAACCGAGCUGCCACAGUGAUCCAGACAGCAUGGAAGAUUUCCCUGAAGAAGCGCCAACAUGAGACGGAGAACGACGAGGACACAUCCGAAACCCGACUUGGACGGGACAGCUUGAAAAAGAAUUUAAAGAGGCAGGACAAAGUGGAGCAGAGCCCCAGCAGGACCCAGGAGAGGUCCAGGAGUAGAGAGAAGCGAGAUGGCAGAGGAACCCCUCCCCCGCUCAACAGACCCCUCUCCCUCCCACUGGACCCUAAAGUUGACAGUGAUGACGGCUCCAACAGCCCCUCUAGUAAGAGCAGCUCGCUUCAGCGCUACAAAGAUAUGGGGGGCAUCAAGGAGAAGGCCGAGAAGUGGCGGGGAAGACAGAGCGAGGGCGAACCGACGGAUGACUCGAGUCCAGAAGUACGGCGGAAAGAUGAGUUUUGGCGCAAAGGGAAGUCCUUGUCUGUUGAUGAACUGUCCAGGAUCAGCUCAUCAGGCUCUGAUAGCUCGCCCUCUACCACUGAGGUCAGGGUGCGUCUCCGCAAGCAGCCCAAACGCAAGCGGCGCUUAGCCUAUGCCCGCAGCGGUUUGAUGAUUAACUUGGGGGGCUCCAAGGAGAGCGAGUACUGGAGCUUUCCUCUGCCUCCCAUCAGCCCCCAUGUGCCCAACAUGAAGAGCUCGGCCAGUAGUGUGGAUGUCUGGGACUUCAAAUCCAAGGUCAAGAUACCGUCAGAAACUGAUGGGUCAAGAUUCAGUCUCCCAGCCACAAACUCCAACGAGGACUCGAGACAUCAGAGGUCUAACCAAUCCCAACUCACAACUCCUGAGAGGAUUUGGUUUCUCAGUAAAUUCCUGAAAAAGCGGAUGCCUAAAUAUCCCCCGAACAACGACUCGGAUAAAACAGCAAUCACCUUGGCCAGCUACACUCCACAUCCCUACCACAUGCCAAACCAGAGCGGCGACAAGGUGGUUAGAAACCCGACCAUUCGAAUCAGCCGGGCCACCCGGGCGUUGGAGUCCAAUGUGUCUCUUGAUCGUGAGAUCACAGACCCCAAAGAGCUGCGAAACCUGGACGAGUUCCUCGGCAAUCAGGUGAAUGAGCUGCGAAGUAGAAUAAAAGAUCUGUCGCCGACAGAGAGCCUCUUCCUCACAGCGACCAUGGAGUUCAGAGAUACCAUCAAAAGCAUGUACUCGGUCCAGAAGCCCCAAAUCGGCUACAAGGAUCUGAUGAAGGGCUACCUCAACAAAGUGAACACACUAGCGGGGACCAAGAAGAAGGCAGAAUCCUCGCUGGUGGUCAACUUGUUCCAGUCGGUGCUGGACGGCUUCAUUAGGGGCGAGCUAAAACGAGCGGACUCUGAACCAGCCAAGGCCACCAAGACGGCGAAGAAGAGGAGGAAAAAGGAAAAAUGUCCUAAUAGUCCUCUGGACCACCUGUUCAGCACGUACCAGGUGAACAUCAUGCAGUCAUGUGACCUGUGUGGCUCCUACAUCUGGGGAAUGGAGAAAGCCUACAUGUGCAGUUCGUGCAAGUUAAUAUGUCAUAAGAAAUGUCUGAACAAAAUCAUCACAGAUUGCUCGACACGAUGUGCCAGGCUGGAUGACAGUGUGCCAGGCUCCCUUCACUUUGGGGUGCAGGUGUGUGUCCUCACCAGUAAAACCAACCCUGUGCCCAAAGUGGUGGAGCUGUUGCUGAUGCACGUGGAGCUAAACGGCCUCUACACGGAAGGCAUUUACCGCAAGUCGGGCUCAACCUGCCGAGCGAGGGAGCUCCACCAGAUUCUGGAGACGGAUCCUGAGCGGCCAUGUUUAGACAACUACCCCAUCCACACCAUCACAGGUCUGGUUAAACGUUGGCUCAGAGAGCUGCCAGACCCGCUCAUGACCUUUUCCCUCUACAGCGACUUUCUGCAUGCCGCUGAGUUGCCGGAGAAAGCUGAGAGAAUAAGGGCUGUAUACCAAAAGGUUGAGGAGCUUCCUCCUGCUAAUUUCAACACGUUAGAGCGGCUCAUCUUUCACCUCGUCAGGGUUGCAAAGGAGGAACCGCACAAUAAGAUGACAACAACUUCUCUUGCGAUUGUGUUUGCCCCCUGCAUCCUGCGCUCCCCUGAUGUUGAUGACCCCUUCCUUGGUAUGAAGGAUGUGGGCAAGACUACGACGUGUGUGGAGAUCCUGAUCUCUGAGCAGUUCAGACGCUACAAUGAGAAGAUGCAGAAUAUCCAGCAGCUGGAAUACGCAGAGGCCCUGGCUGUCAAUGAGCUCAAACUGAAGAGACAAAACACGAUUGUUGAAAAGCCUUCAGAGCUGGAUGUUCCAGAUCAAAUGCAUCCUGAUGAAACGGAGAGGACUCUCAUCGAUAGGAUUAAGUCCAUCAAGCAAGAAAAGGUGGACUUGGCCUGCAGGUUACCUGACCUGGAGCAGGACAAUUCUGACAACGACAACCUGGACUCAUCAUCAUCAUCGAUGAGCUCAGAUAGUUUGGAGGACAGACUGGGGAGCCUGGACUCGGAAGUACCGGGAAAGGUGACCAUGCGGAUAAAAACCCAGAAACCCGACUGCCCGCCUAAACCUGCUGACCUGGCGCAGAGAGUCAGAAGUCUGAUGGAUCAGACGUAUGAUGCACAGAGAGAGUUCGCACCAGGACAAAAGACAUAUGCUACCCAAUCCAUGUGCUUCCUGGCCAGCGAAGACGACCACUCCCCACCCGACAAGCCCCAGAUCAGCAGCAAGACUUCCAAUGGGCGCUUUGACGACCUGGACAUCCCUUACAUCGAUGAAGAUAAAGAUCUAACCUGCGCAUAACACCACAAGUUAAAAUGAUCGGAAUAUUCUCCCGUAUAUGUUUAAUAUAAGACUUGAUUUAUGUAAAAUAAAUAAAUAACUGUGCACUUUGUUUGAUAAACUUUUCCAUUGUUCAAUGCUGCUGUGGAAACAAAGUGCUUUGAGAAUGUAUAUGUAUUUAAUAUGAGAUCGUAAAGGACUGUCCCUUCAGGGUUCAUAUGACAGAUCUGGAGAAGAACCAAUAGCAAGGACCGCUCAGCCUCUUUAUAUGCAAAACACUGUAUGUGAUUUUAAACAUAUUUCACAAUUGUACGGUUCACAUUUUAUAAAAAAGGUAGGUACUUCUGUGAGGCUGCGUGACCAGCUGUGUCUCAUCUGUAGAAGAAAAACGGGACAACAGGAUGAGGAGCAAUUAAGGAUACGAGUGCCUCCUUUAGUACUGGACAUUAUUUUGAGUUCGUCCACUGUGGCAUUAAUGGGACUUUGUGGUGUUUGUGGUGGAAAAAUGUUUUGUAAGUGUACCAAAAAUGUUCACAGGAGAAUCUGAGCUCAGAGGAAAUGACAUUGCAUUUUGGGCUCUCAUUGAGUCCAUCUCAUUAUGUUUCAACUGUGUUUUUCUGCUUUUAAUUAUCCUGUGAUAUCUACUGCUGUGACUGGCCACGGAUUCAAUACACCUGUAAGGGAAAUGGCCUUAUUGCUGCCUUUUAGACUGACUGAAAAUACUUCCCUCUGUCACUUCUCUUGGUAUUGCAAGGCUGUGCAGUGUCACCAAGUACACAUAUUUAGUUUACACAUGUUUUGUUUUAAAAUAUGCAUGCCUGUACAUUUUAUAAGGGUUAGGAAUAAUGCAUAUUGGGGUAAGCAUCCUCAGAGUCUGUAUUUUGUCACCAACUGAAAUAAACUGGCCAUUUUCCAAUGUC